GAGUAUAAUAAUGACUCGAAUAAGAACAGAUGACCAUAGUUUUUCGGCCUUACUCCCCCCUAGUCAAGCAUACCCCUUUGUCAAGUGCGUCCAUUUUCUCAUUGGACUCGACGACCGUGAACGCGCGUACUAUUGGCUGUGAAACUUGUUUAACGACUUAGAUGCUUCUUUGAAUUUCUACCUAAUUGUUUCUCACAGACUGUUCUUUUUACAAUGUGGGUAGGACUGCUUUUUUUGCUUGACUCGUCCCCUAGCGGAACGCAGCGUUUGCCAUCGCGCUAUUAGAGAGGUUGAACUCUAGAAGAUGGUAUUGCUAGUAAAUACAUAUAUGAGGUGGUUACGGACCACUACUUGCCAACUACAUAAUAUUCUCAGUGUAAAAAGGUAAAGAUGAUCUGGUAGGCAGAAUACAAAGAACAUGAGCUGCCUACCAUACCACACAACUGUCAUUUCAAGGCAAAUCAAGGAGCCCGUGAAUAAUGUGGAAUCGAAAAAUUGUUCUCACAACAACCGGGCUUGCCGGACUUGGAGGAGCUAUAUAUUAUUCGAAUCAGCUGAACAAGAAGCCAUCGCUGAGACCGCAGCCAGUCAGGGCAAUUUUACCGGUAGAUAAAGUGCAAUACCUUCUCGUUGGCGGCGGCGCGUCUACCUACGGGGCUUACAGAGCCAUUCGGGCUGCCGAUCCGAAAGCGCAGGUUCUAAUAGUCGGAGAGGACAAUCAUUUGCCGUAUAUGAAACCGCCACUAUCCAAGGAAUUAUGGCAAGGAGAUACCUUAAAUGAGAAAAUGGCAUUUAAACAGUGGAAUGGCAAAGAACGAAGCAUCAUGUUCGAACAUCCAGAAUAUUUCGCUAAAGUAGAAGCAAUUAAAGAGAGCCCUGGGGUCGCCUAUAUGGGCGGCCUGAAGGUUGUCAGGAUUGAUGCUAAGAAGAAAAUUGUAUACUUCGCCGACGGAAACCAGCUGGAAUAUGGACGCUGCUUACUUGCACCGGGCGCGAAAACAAAAAGCCAUCCUAUCCUAUCAAAAAUUCCUGAAAUUACGCCAUACAUCGUGGAGCUCAGGACUAUCGACAGCUUUAAAAGCUUGCAAAAAUCGGCUUUGGAGAGCAAAUCAAUUGUUAUUGUCGGAGAAAGUCCAGCUGCAUCGGAGUUAGCAGUUAACAUGGUUGAGUUUGCGAAGAGGGCCAAUUCAAAAUUAGAGGUUAUUCAAAUUUUUCCCGAAGCUGCUAACAUGUGCUCUCUACUGCCUGAAUACUUGGCGAAGUGGCUAACGCGACAGAUCUCAGCUGAAGGUGUCGAAGUUUUAUCAGGAACGGAUAUUAUUGGCGCAGAGGUGACAACGAAUAAGCAGGUACGGCUUAUACUAACAUCUGGCAAGCAAAUCAUCGUGGAUCGUAUUGUGUUAGCGAUGGGAUCGGAACCGAAUAUUGAAUUUGCUCAAAAGUCUGGUCUUGAGGUGGACAAGAAAAAUGGUGGCAUUGUGGUUAACUCCGAAUUCCAGGUUAGUACAGACCUGUAUGCUGCUGGAGAUGCCUGUUCAUUCUACGAUCAAUUGUUGGGCCGACGGCGAAUGCAGAGCCAUGAUCAUGGCAUAGGCACAGGCAGAAUCGCUGGUCGCAACAUGGCAGGAGGCCAUAAGUCCUAUUCGAAACAGUCGAUUAUGUGGUGCGACGUGGGCAACGUAGUUAGCUUUGAAGGCGUGGGCGUUCUUGAUCCCACGCUAGAGACAUACUCCGUCUUUUUCCCAGAACAUCCCGAGGAGAAACCCGACUUCAAUGGAAGAAUCACUCGAGGAGUUGUUUUCUAUAAAAACAAAAAUGAUAUCGUUGUGGGUAUUCUACUCUGUAAUACCUUUGCACGACUCAGUGAAGCGGAAAAGAUCAUAAAGGAGCAGAAGCCCCUUGAUCUUAAAGACGUUGCGAAGGUUUUCUACGAGAAGUCGAGAUUUAAUGAACCUACAGAGGUGCAACAGAUAUUGGCGGAAAGCAGUAAAAAGGACGAUGCAGAGAAGGCCAAGAAUUGAGCUCUUGAUUUCUCCAUCAUCUUAAAUCAUCGUUAGGACUACAUAAAAAAAACACGUUUUUUUUUACCUCCUUACUUAGCAAACAGUCGUUUAUUAACAAGCAGUAUUUUUCUCGCCCACGCGCUUCGUGUCUGUUUAAUUAGAGAAGACGCAUGCGCUCGAACAAUUUUCGUCGAGUUUGGUCAUUGUUCUCUGAAUGUCUCUAAGUUUUCAAUACCCCUUUAAGUAACUUGACAUAACUUCUGAUGUAUACAAUUCGCUAAAUUUUCGUUGGAAUAUGCUUAUCGGCAUAAUAAAAUCUCGAUAUUUUAUUCAAUGAGAAGCGAUGUCAAGUAUCGAAGUGGAUUAACUAGAAAAAAAAUAUCACUUUAAAGUGUUCCGUAUUUGUCUAAAGAUCUCAGGACAUUUAGAGUGCUUCUAUAAAAACGGCGUGACAUUACAAAGUAAAUUCCGUAAUAUCUUUAUUGUUGCUACUGAUCAGAUUAUAUUCUUAUCCUUUCUGGUAACGACGUUAGACCUCGAAAUUUUUCCAAGCUGGUUAAGGCGCCCAGACAAUUAUAACCUAUUUACAUGACGAGGUAUCGACAAGCGUGCGGGCAGACAGGUAAGAUUAAAGCGGAUAAAUAGUGGAAAGGGAACGAAGAUUCUGCAGUGCAAACAACCUUAAGAGGUAGUAUAAGCACACACACGAAAAUAGUAGUAGUUCUUGUUAGUGCCUUCGUGCAAACGCGCGUGUUGAACUGAAGAACAAUUCGAUUGUUACGACGGGCUGGCUGUGACUUAAUGUGCUUCAAAUCUGAUUGCUCCGAUGUUAGGAACCUGUGAAUGUCCGGCUAAACUAAAUCGAGUCAAUGGUAUAUGACAAUACGGCAUUUAGGGUAUGUUAAGACCGACCUAAGCGUAACACUAGAAUGUUUGCACUGUUGUUUAGACGGAGCAGAGACAGAAGUGCUAUCGGUUAUUAAGAGCAAAUGUUUCGUAGGUUAUUAGUAUAAAUCGGAUAUUAAGAGCAAAUGUUUCGUAGGUUACUAGUAUAAUUCGGAUUAUUGAUUUUUGACACGGAUUUUUGAUUGUCAGACUUAACGGUAAUUUAAGUACGUGCUAACAUGUAUGGCGAAUAUAUAUGGCGAGUGGUCGGUGGACAUGUGCUUGGUUUGAUUGUGUUUUCAAAAUUUUAAUGGAUAAAUAAAUAUACUUAUAAUUGUUUUAACAACUGAAGCUGUUGAUGAUAUGUUAUGUUAUAGAAAAAUUGAAUUUAGUUGCAAACAAGAAUCAAGUUAUCGGACCAAUAAAAAUAGUUUUAUACGCCAACAACGAAGUACGCUAGUCGUUACACGCAAAGAAAAUCAAUAGAAAAAUGUCAUUUUACAAAUGUUGCUUUCUCAAAACAUACAAAUUUCACAUCCAAUGGAAUGUAUUAUCCAAUGCAAUGUAUUAAUAUAAGCCCAAAAAAACCCAAAAGCUACCAAAAAUAGUGUAAGCCCAAAAAGCUACCAAAAAUAAUGUAAACUAAAGACCCAUUAUCAAUUCAUUAUUCAUCUCUUCGAUGUCCAUAGGACUUUAUUAUUCAGUUGCCACUCACAGUAUAUUUGUAUUUAAUUGACUGUAAAAGUUACACAACCACAUAAUUAUCGAAAAAUAAUUUUCAGUGUUAUCAAUAACGAUUCGUCAUUAACAAUCCCGCUCAUAAGUUUAUUAUAGAAUUUAUGCAAAGUGCAUUAUGGUCAUAACUAUCUUACCGGUUCGUCACAAAGUGUAGUAAAAAUACAAUUUUUUUCUGGGAUGUUCUAACAACAAGAGACUUAGAGACAAGAGUUUCGUUGCAUCUCCACCUUUCAAAUAUAGCUUUUCUUCCAUCACUCUCCUUAUAAUGGCAGCCUAUAUCCCUCGGUCAUAAUAGACGUUCCAGAAUAUAAUAAUAAUAACGUAAAAAGGAUGUAGCAUUUAUAACAGACAUGCAUAGUAUUAGCAACACCCUAAUAGUGGUACUAUCUAAACAGCUUUCAUACUCAUCCAUAAUCUGUUUGGGAAUGUUUAUUAUCACCGGGGAAAACAGUAAAUGAAUGGAGGAAGCCUUGUUUUUUUGUUUUCCUCACAUGAUACAGCAGCGUGUCCGAAGAAGCGCCGACCCAAUAUCUGCCUAAGGGCACGUACAGAAACGAUGGCAUCCACUUCUUUUAACCUUGUACAGAUCACCUUUUACUAGAGCAUUUUAUUGGGGAAUUACUCUUGUAGGCACCGAUUGUUUAAAAGAGACCCAGUGUGUGCCAAUAUAAUCUCGAUUUCUUUUUGCAAGACGCACAUAACUGCUAUGUUAAAGUCACAGUAUAAAUUUACAGAGGGAGUCUAUAUUUCUUAACAAUGAUAUUAUAACGACAGGCUGUAUUAAAUAGAGAAGGACUGUGAUUUAUUUUUGCAGAACGAAAUUUGUGUCUGAUGUUGCACGUCGGAAUUAGUUUACGCUUAUAAUGGCACGGUAGCUAAAGGCUCCGUCUAAUCCUGCGUAUUUCGUUAGACUCCUACUGUCUGGAAAACGACGCGUGGCUCACUUAGCUAAACUAUCAAAUUUAUGUUGACGUCACAAUAUAAACAAAGCAAUAACAAACAAGAUUAGGUUAGAGAAAGAUUUUCUUUCUCUCUUUCAAAAACCAGGAUCAUGCCCAGUUCAUGAUGGAUUCGAUAAAUAUUGGAACACACUAAUCCUUCCUUGUUUUGUUUGGCAAGUACGUAUGCAUUUUGAAUAGAUGCUUGUCGAUUGACUUGCUGAGAAAAUAGUUAUUGGUGCAAGCCGCUAUAAAACGAUGUCUUAAUGCGGCCGGCCGUACGCAGUCUUUCUUUAUGUAUAAUCAAUAGGUAAAUGCCGAUGUACCUAUCGUACUUCUUUGUAGCUUUUCGCAACUGUUCGCGUGACACUGCGCAGACGCAGAUCCAGACUACUGCGAUUUGUGAGCUUUUUAUGGUAAAUGCAAUACGCUAGAUAUUUUUUUUUAUUUGUUUUCUUGUUUGACUAAAUUUAUUGCUCGAAGAAAAACGGUCGCACGCAAGA